GAUACAUGGUCUACACAUAGAGAGACAGAGAGGUGCUGUUUCACUGUCCAGACAGCAUCAGAUACAUGGUCUACACAUACUGAGACAGAGAGGUGCUGUUUCACUGUCCAUACAGCAUCAGAUACAUGGUCUACACAUACUGAGACAGAGAGGUGCUGUUUCACUGUCCAGACAGCAUCAGAUACAUGGUCUACACAUACUGAGACAGAGAGGUGCUGUUUCACUUGUAUGCUUUAACUGAGACCUUGUUGACCCACUGUGCUGUCAAACUUAGCAUACUCAUGGGGCUGACAUCGCUGGUCCAAAUGUCAGUUGUGACAGCUAAUGGCAGUGACGCCCAUACCAUGUAGCUCAUGGAUGUACGGUUCAACACUACUGUGGAACUCCGGUAGGGCAACAUCGGAAAAAAUAGCGCCUACUUGGUAGUGUGUACCGGACCUCGAGGUGUUCGACCAGUCGGCGAAAGCCAACAUCAUCCACGGAGGAGGACGGUUGAUUGUCAAGGGCAAUGAAUUCCAUUAUCUCGGUACUAAUGGAUUUCACCUUUUGGGUUGUCUCGCUGAUAUGUUCUCACUCUUUCAAAUGACUGCUGGACUUGUUGACUGUUCGGUCCACAACAGCAGACGUUGUGGGUUAGGAAUGCUGUGUUGUAUGUUUAGCGAUGUAUUUCUCAUGGCGACAUUACCUCAUCUACCUAUGUUACAUAGGUAUGUACCUCAUCUACCUACGUUAUAUAGGUAUUCAUGUCAGCUUUGACAUGACCUCAUCUACCUAUGUUAUAUAGGUAUUCAUGUCAGCUUUGGCAUUACCUCAUCUACCUACGUUAUAUAGGUAUUCAUGUCAGCUUUGGCAUUACCUCAUCUACCUAUGUUAUAUAGGUAUGCAUGUCAGCUUUGACAUGACCUCAUCUACCUAUGUUAUAUAGGUAUGCAUGUCAGCUUUGACAUCGAUUUGCACAUUGGCGUUAACCUAGACAUCGUGCCAAUGCCGAUGUUGGCAUUUUAGCUAAUAUCGUCCGAUUCCGAUAUGCUUACCGAUAUAUAUUGUGCAUCCCUAGCUUUGAUGCCUCAUGAUUGAGUAUUGCUCUGUUCAAGUAGACUGUGAUUUUGCUGUGAUCUGAUAGGGGUGUCAGUGGGCUGACUGAACACUGAGAGACUCUGGGUUGAGGUCAGUGAUAAAGUAGUCUACAGUACUACUGCCAAGAGAUGAGCUAUAGGUGAACCUACCAUAGGAGUCCCCUCGAAGCCUACCAUUGACGAUGUACAUACCCAGAGUGCGACAGAGCUGCAGGAGUUGUGACCCGUUUUUGUUGGUUAUGUUGUCGUAGUUGUGCCUAGGGGGGCAUAUGGGGGAGGGAAUGCUGUCACCUCCAGGCAGGUGUUUGUCCCCCUGUGUGCUGAGGGGGGUAUAUGGGGGAGGGAAUGCUGUCACCUCCAGGUAGGUGUUUGUCCCCCUGUGUGCUGAGGGUGUCAGGUUCUUGUCCAGUUUUCACAUUUAGGUCGCCACAGAAUAGUUCAUGUCCCUGGGUCUGGAAAUCUGGAGAAGCUGUCUUCAUUAACGUAUGGGGAUUCUAGUGGGGGGAUAUACAGUAGGAUGGAGAAGCUGUCUUCAUUAAAGGGGAUUCUAGUGGGGGAUAUAGGUAGCACACGAGGACAUUUUUCUCUGAGAUCAUUUCCUCAUUCAUUUCUAGCCAGAUGUAAAAUGUUCCUGUUUGAUUAAUUUAAUAGAGUGGGUUAGGUCUGCUCUAUACCAAAUUAGCAUACCCCCUGAGUCUCUUCCCUGUUUCACACCUGGUAGUGUGGUGGAUGGGACUACCAGCUCUCUGUAACCUAGAGGACAACCAGUGGGUCCGUCUCCUCUAUACCACCCACCUGGUAGUGUGGUGGAUGGGACUACCAGCUCUCUGUAACCUAGAGGACAACCAGUGGAUCCAUCUCCUACAUACCAGGUUUCUUGUAGGAUGACAAUGUCUGUAUUUCCAAUUUCUUUGAUGAAGUCCAGGUUCCUGCUCUUUAGGCCAAAGGCAGAUGACCUCAGACCUUGUAUGAGAUGAGAUAGUAGACUGUCCUGCCAUUGUUGGACUCAAGAAUUUUCACACAAAGCAAAGCAGUGCGGCACAAACAACAACACAGAGUUACACAUGGGAUAAACAAGCGUACAGUCAAUAACACAAUAGGGGGAAAAAGUAUAUGUACAGUGUGCGCAAAUGGCGUGAGGAGGUAGGCAAUAAAUAGGCCAUAGUAGCGAAGUAGUUACAAUUGAUCAGAUUAACCUCUCUGGUACAAGCGUCCCACCUCGACAACAGCCAGUGAAAUUGCAGGGCCACAAAUUCAAAACAACAGAAAUCCCAUAAUUAAAAUUCCUCAAAAAUACAAGUAUUAUACACCAUUUUAAAGAUAAACUUCUUGUAAAUCCAACCACAUUGUCCGAUUUCAAAAAGGCUUUACUGCGAAAGCACACCAUGCGAUUAUGUUAGGUCAGCGCCUAGCCACAGAAAACCUUACAGCCAUUAUCCAACCAGGGAGAGGUGUCACAAAAGUCAGAAAUAGCAUUAAAAUUAAUCACUUACCUUUGAUGAUCUUCAUCUGAUGGCACUCCCAGGUCUCCAUGUUAGACAACAAAUGUUCGUUUUGUUCGAUAAAGUUCAUCUUUAUGUCUAAAUACCUCCUUUUUGUUUGCGCGUUUAGUCCAGUAAUCCAAAUGCACAAGUCCAGACGAAAAGUCAAAAAAGUUCCAUUACAGUUUGUAGAAACAUGUCAAACGAUGUAUAGAAUCAAUCUUUAGGAUGUUUUUAUCAUAAAUCUUCAAUAAUAUUCCAACCGGACAAUUCCUUUGUCUUUAGAAAUGAAAAGGGAACGGAGCUCGUGCUCAUGGCUGCGCGCGUGACUAAACUAAAGGCUUUCAGCCUGACCACUGGUCCAAACAGCUCUUAUUCGCCCCCCUUUCACAGUAGAAGCAUGAAACAACGUUCUAACGACUGUUGACAUCUAGUGGAAGCCUUAGGAAGUGCAAUCUGACCCCAUAGACACUGUAUCUUGGAUAGGCAAACACUUGAAAAACUACAAACCUCAGAUUUCCCACUUCCUGGUUGGAUUUUUCUCAGGUUUCCGCCUGCCAUAUGAGUUCUGUUACACUCAGACAUCAUUCAAACAGUUUUAGAAACUUCAGAGUGUUUUCUAUCCAGAUCUACUAAUAAUAUGCAUAUCCUAGCCUCAGGGCCUGAGUAGCAGGUAGUUUACUCUGGGCACGCUUUUCAUCCGGACAUGAAAAUACUGCCCCCUACACCAAAGAAGUUAACACUAGAAUGAUAUAUGAGCAGAUGAUGGUGUGUAAGUAGUGAUACUGGUGUGCAAAAGAGCAGGAAUGUAAAUAAAAACAAUAUGGGGAUGAGAUAGGUAGAUUGGCUGGGCUAUCUACAGAUGGACUAUGUACAGCUGCAGCGAUCGGUUAGCUGCUCAGAUAGCUGAUGUUUAGAGUUAAUGAGGGAAAUAUAAGUCUCCAGCUUCAGCGAUUUUUGCAAUUCAUUCCAGUCAUUGGCAGCUGAGAACUGGAAGGAAAGGCGGCCAAAGGAGGGAGGUGCCGUCAGGUCAGUUCUGUCCUAGCAGCUUGGUAGCUUAGUAGCCUUAUUUACUUUAUAUAACAACAUUACCUAGAGGUUGUCUUUUACUUUUUGGCUUCAGAAGUAGGUUCAGACUGAACAUUACUCACCCAGUGUUGUGAUGGAUGGUAUUUCCAGGUUCAGACUGAAUAUUACUCACUCAGUGUUGGAUGGUAUUUCCAAGUUCAGACUGAACAUUACUCACUCAGUGUUGUGUUGGAUGGUAUUUCCAGGUUCAGACUGAACGUUACUCACUCAGUGUUGUGUUGGAUGGUAUUUACAGGUCCAGACUGAACGUUACUCACUCAGUGUUGGAUGGUAUUUCCAGGUUCAGACUGAAUAUUACUCACUCAGUGUUGUGUUGGAAGGUAUUUCCAGGUUCAGACUGAAUAUUACUCACUCAGUGUUGGAUGGUAUUUCCAGGUUCAGACUGAAUAUUACUCACUCAGUGUUGGAUGGUAUUUCCAGGUUCAGACUGAACAUUACUCACUCAGUGUUGGAUGGUAUUUCCAGGUUCAGACUGAUUAUUACUCACUCAGUGUUGUGUUGGAUGGUAUUUCCAGGUUCAGACUGAAUAUUACUCACUCAGUGUUGUGUUGGAAGGUAUUUCCAGGUUCAGACUGAAUAUUACUCACUCAGUGUUGGAUGGUAUUUCCAGGUUCAGACUGAACAUUACUCACUCAGUGUUGUGUUGGAUGGUAUUUCCAGGUUCAGACUGAAUAUUACUCACUCAGUGUUGUGUUGGAUGGUAUUUCCAGGUUCAGACUGAACAUUACUCACUCAAUGUUGUGUUGGAUGGUAUUUCCAGGUUCAGACUGAAUAUUACUCACUCAGUGUUGUGUUGGAUGGUAUUUCCAGGUUCAGACUGAAUAUUACUCACUCAGUGUUGUGUUGGAUGGUAUUUCCAGGUUCAGACUGAAUAUUACUCACUCAGUGUUGUGUUGGAUGGUAUUUCCAGGUUCAGACUGAAUAUUACUUACUCAGUGUUGUGUUGGAUGGUAUUUCCAGGUUCAGACUGAAUAUUACUCACUCAGUGUUGUGUUGGAUGGUAUUUCCAGGUUCAGACUGAACGUUACUCACUCAGUGUUGGAUGGUAUUUCCAGGUUCAGACUGAACAUUACUCACUCAGUGUUGUGAUGGAUGGUAUUUCCAGGUUCAGACUGAAUAUUACUCACUCAGUGUUGGAUGGUAUUUCCAGGUUCAGACUGAACAUUACUCACUCAGUGUUAGAUGGUAUUUCCAGGUUCAGACUGAAUAUUACUCACUCAGUGUUGGAUGGUAUUUCCAGGUUCAGACUGAAUAUUACUCACUCAGUGUUGGAUGGUAUUUCCAGGUUCAGACUGAACAUUACUCACUCAGUGUUGGAUGGUAUUUCCAGGUUCAGACUGAACAUUACUCACUCAGUGUUGGAUGGUAUUUCCAGGUUCAGACUGAAUAUUACUCACUCAGUGUUGGAUGGUAUUUCCAGGUUCAGACUGAAUAUUACUCACUCAGUGUUGGAUGGUAUUUCCAGGUUCAGACUGAACAUUACUCACUCAGUGUUGGAUGGUAUUUCCAGGUUCAGACUGAACAUUACUCACUCAGUGUUGUGUUGGAAGGUAUUUCCAGGUUCAGACUGAAUAUUACUCACUCAGUGUUGUGUUGGAUGGUAUUUCCAGGUUCAGACUGAAUAUUACUUACUCAGUGUUGUGUUGGAUGGUAUUUCCAGGUUCAGACUGAAUAUUACUCACUCAGUGUUGUGUUGGAUGGUAUUUCCAGGUUCAGACUGAAUAUUACUCACUCAGUGUUGUGUUGGAUGGUAUUUCCAGGUUCAGACUGAACGUUACUCACUCAGUGUUGGAUGGUAUUUCCAGGUUCAGACUGAACGUUACUCACUCAGUGUUGUGAUGGAUGGUAUUUCCAGGUUCAGACUGAAUAUUACUCACUCAGUGUUGGAUGGUAUUUCCAGGUUCAGACUGAACAUUACUCACUCAGUGUUAGAUGGUAUUUCCAGGUUCAGACUGAAUAUUACUCACUCAGUGUUGGAUGGUAUUUCCAGGUUCAGACUGAAUAUUACUCACUCAGUGUUGGAUGGUAUUUCCAGGUUCAGACUGAACAUUACUCACUCAGUGUUGGAUGGUAUUUCCAGGUUCAGACUGAACAUUACUCACUCAGUGUUGGAUGGUAUUUCCAGGUUCAGACUGAAUAUUACUCACUCAGUGUUGGAUGGUAUUUCCAGGUUCAGACUGAAUAUUACUCACUCAGUGUUGGAUGGUAUUUCCAGGUUCAGACUGAACAUUACUCACUCAGUGUUGGAUGGUAUUUCCAGGUUCAGACUGAACAUUACUCACUCAGUGUUGUGUUGGAAGGUAUUUCCAGGUUCAGACUGAAUAUUACUCACUCAGUGUUGUGAUGGAUGGUAUUUCCAGGUUCAGACUGAACAUUACUCACUCAGUGUUAGAUGGUAUUUCCAGGUUCAGACUGAAUAUUACUCACUCAGUGUUGGAUGGUAUUUCCAGGUUCAGACUGAAUAUUACUCACUCAGUGUUGGAUGGUAUUUCCAGGUUCAGACUGAACAUUACUCACUCAGUGUUGGAUGGUAUUUCCAGGUUCAGACUGAACAUUACUCACUCAGUGUUGGAUGGUAUUUCCAGGUUCAGACUGAAUAUUACUCACUCAGUGUUGGAUGGUAUUUCCAGGUUCAGACUGAAUAUUACUCACUCAGUGUUGGAUGGUAUUUCCAGGUUCAGACUGAACAUUACUCACUCAGUGUUGGAUGGUAUUUCCAGGUUCAGACUGAACAUUACUCACUCAGUGUUGUGUUGGAAGGUAUUUCCAGGUUCAGACUGAAUAUUACUCACUCAGUGUUGUGAUGGAUGGUAUUUCCAGGUUCAGACUGAAUAUUACUCACUCAGUGUUGUGUUGGAUGGUAUUUCCAGGUUCAGACUGAAUAUUACUCACUCAGUGUUGGAUGGUAUUUCCAGGUUCAGACUGAAUAUUACUCACUCAGUGUUGGAUGGUAUUUCCAGGUUCAGACUGAACAUUACUCACUCAGUGUUGUGUUGGAUGGUAUUUCCAGGUUCAGACUGAACGUUACUCACUCAGUGUUGUGAUGGAUGGUAUUUCCAGGUUCAGACUGAACGUUACUCACUCAGUGUUGUGUUGGAUGGUAUUUCCAGGUUCAGACUGAAUAUUACUCACUCAGUGUUGUUGGAUAGUAUUUCCAGGUCCAGACUGAAUAUUACUCACUCAGUGUUGGAAGGUAUUUCCAGGUUCAGACUGAACAUUACUCACUCAGUGUUGGAAGGUAUUUCCAGGUUCAGACUGAAUAUUACUCACUCAGUGUUGUGAUGGAUGGUAUUUCCAGGUUCAGACUGAAUAUUACUCACUCAGUGUUGGAUGGUAUUUACAGGUUGCGCUGUGUUUCUUCUGCAGGUUUUGGUUUGUUAGAACUCAGGAGCUCAUUAGCCCCCCUCUACCUCUGUCUCUCUCUCUCCCUCUGUCUCUCUCUCUAUCUCUCUGUCUCUCUCUACCUCUGUCUCUCUCUCUCCCUCUCUCUCUCUCCCUCUGUCUCUCUCUCUCUCUCUCUCUCUCUCUCUCUCUCCCUCUGUCUCUCUCUCUCUCUCUACCUCUGUCUCUCUCUCUCUCUCCCUCUCUCUCUCUCUCUCUCUCUCUGUCUCUCUCUCCCCCCUCUCACGCUGUCUCUGUCUCUCUCUCUCUCUCCCCCCUCUCUCUACCUCUCUCUCUCCCCCCUCUCCCUCUGUCUCUCUCUCUCCUCCCGCUCUUCUCUCUCGCUCCCUCUCUCUCCCUCUUUCCCUCUCUCUCCCCCUCUCUCUCUCUCUCUAUCUCUCUGUCUCUCUCUCUCUCUCUGUCUCUCUCUCUCUACCUCUGUCUCUCUCUCCCCCCUCUCACGCUGUCUCUGUCUCUCUCUCUCUCUCCCCCCUCUCUCUCCCCUCUCUCUACCUCUCUCUCUCUCCCCCUCUCCCUCUGUCUCUCUCUCUCUCUCUCUCUCUGUCUCUCUCUCCUCCCUCUCCCUCUGUCUCUCUCUCUCCUCCCGCUCUUCUCUCUCCCUCCCUCUCGCUCCCUCUCUCUCCCUCUUUCCCUCUCUCUCCCCCUCUCUCUCUCUCUCCCCCCUCUCCCUCUGUCUGUCUCUCUCUCUCUGUCUCUCUCCCCCCUCUCCCUCUGUCUCUCUCUCUCCUCCCGCUCUUCUCUCUCCCUCUCUCCCUCUUUCCCUCUCUCUCCCUCUUUCCCUCUCUCUCCCCCCUCUCUCUCUCUCCCCCCUCUCUCUCGGUCCCCCCCUCUCUCUCUCCACCCCUCUGUUUCUGUCUCUUUCUCUCUCGUGUCUCUAAGAGCCUUGUGCGCGUGUGUGUGUGUGUGUGUGCGCGCGCCCUUAGGUGUUUGUAAUUCAAUUAUGUUUAACCUUGUUCUCAAACAUGAGAUUUAACAUAAAAGGAUUGUGUUUUUAACCAUUCAUGACUAAUAAUGUAAUAUAAUCUUAAACUCUGUUUGUGCCUGUCUGCCUGCCUGCCUGCCUGUCUGCCUGCCUGUCUGCCUGCCUGUCUGCCUGCCUGUCUGCCUGCCUGCCUGCCUGCCUGCCUGCUUG